AUGGCGGCGCCCUUGAAGCUGCUCUGUACUUCAGGUGAGAGAGAUGUUAUUCAGAAAGUAUAUACGCUUUAGAGCAGCUCCUGGACUGCACAUUCAUGAAGUCUUAAGGCAGACUGUGCGCCCAUUUUCAUCUACGUGUGUGGUUCAUGCAGGGAAGAAGUGGAGACUGGAGAACGGCUUGGCCUGGACUGGAUCAGAGUACGGUCCAUUAACAGAUCUGCCCGACUGGUCAUUCGCAGAUGGCAGACCUGCACCUCCACUGAAAGGACAAGUCAGGAGGCAGAAGCAGAGGGAGGACUUUGCAAGGAGAGCAGUGAACCUGAGUGCAGAGGUGGACCAGGGGAUAAGGACAUGGAGGGCAGAAAAGGAGGAGCAGGAGAGCGCGAGGGAGCAGCUAAAAUCUUCUAUGCUUAAACCUAAAGGCAAACUGUUAUUAAAGAGCAAAAACAAAUAAACACUGAAAAAUGACAAA